AUGUCUCUGCUGACAGCUGUGCUGCUGCUCUGGGAUAGUAACAGCGAAGCUAUCCUAUGGGCAGACCCUCAGUCCCUGCUGGAACCCUGGGCAAACCUGACACUGACCUGUAAAGCUAGUUUCCCUACCAAGGACUUCCAGCUAAUCAUGAAUGGAUGGCGCGUGCACCACGUCCACCUUGAUGACUUUGUCACGUCGCACCAGUUCCCACUGGGCGCCAUUACAAGUAACAACACUGGCCUCUACCGCUGCCGAAUAGGCUUAGAGCCCCUAACUAAUCAACCCACUGAGGAGAGGUGGACGGAGCUAAGCAAUCUUGUAGAGGUGACAGGAACAGAACCCUUGCCCCGACCCUCGCUUUCUGCUUAUCCGGUGCCCUGGAUCGUUGUACCUUACUUGGGCACAUACGUGCGGUGUCACUCUGCACUGCGGGGUGUAACUUUGCAGCUGAGGAUGGAAGGACAUGAAUUGCGGAAGGAGACCAAAGCCCAAGAUAAGGAACAAGCCUGGUUUAUAGUCUACAAAGCCGGCAACUACAGCUGCAGCUACAGAACUCACGCAGAAGGCAACUUCUCUGAGCCCAGCGCUACUUUGACCAUCAAGAGUUACAACACGCCACCUCCGCCCAUUCUGUAUUAUUUUGGAAAUUACCCCAAAAUCAAGUUCAAGAGCAGAUAUGAGACCCUUACCUGCAGAGCUCCUCUGGAUGUACUAGAAUUCCAACUCAGACGGGGUGAGAAGGUGCUAAACGUUAGUAGCUUCAGUCCCAUCCAAGAAGCUGCCAUCUUCUUCCUGAACUUGACGGAACUGGAGGACCCAGGCCCUUUUACCUGCCGCUACCUUCUCCACAGAGAGUUGGAGUUGGAGUUGGAGAUUUGGUCUGAAGACAGUAAGCCCAUAGAGCUGAUGUGGAGUGAUGGGACACUACCAGCACCGGUGCUCACUGUAGAGCCCUCAAGUAAGAAUAUUGAGCCUGGCUCCACCGUGCAUCUGAGAUGUACUGCUCCCAAAGCCGGCCUCCGUUUUGGCCUACAACGAGAGGGUAACAGGGAGAAUUCCCUGAUCCAGAUGCUGAAACCGGCUGGAAGUGAAGCUGUCUUUGUGCUGCACAACGUUUCAACGAUAGACUCUGGCAACUACAGUUGUGCCUACAUGGAACAGGCAGCGCCUUUCUCAGGAUCUCCGCCCAGUGAGACCUUGGAGUUGCAUGUGAAUGGGCCACCACCCCGGCCAAAGCUCGAAGCUCUAUGGACAGGCAAAGUGCCUGUGGGCCGGGAUGCCAACUUUCGCUGCCAUGGCCAUGUGCCACAGAUUGACAUGGAGCUGGUGCGUGAGGGUGAUCGCUUACCCACCUUGAUUGGCUAUGCGAGGAGAAGUACCUCAGCUGACCUGAAGCUGGCCUUCGUGGGUCCCCAACAUACAGGCAACUACACCUGCCGCUAUAUGGCUGCACCACCCUUGGAAUUUGAGUCAGGGAUCAGCGACCCUGUGGAGGUUAUAGUGGAAGGUGUCUGACGCGGCUGCAGAUGCGAGAAAAUACGAUGUCCUUGCAAAGGGUUGGAGACAGGCAGAACCCCCAUUCUUCAAGCCAGAAGAUGUCUCUCCUUCAAUCUCCCUGGACUGAA